AUGAGACACAUUGCACUCUUUUCAGUACUUGCAUGUAUUGCAUUUUCAAUCCCUUUGUUUGAUAUUUUUCCUCAAUGGUUGGAUGCCCUUUCCUUGCUCAGCGGAAGUGGGAGCCAAGAUCGUUUGCUCAAGUUGGGACCUGAUGAAUACAGACUUGCAUCAGAGUUGGACAAGUUGGCAUUAAAAAGGGAGAACAAGAGAUUUAUCGACAUGACAGAACAAAUCCCUAUUGACGUUGCUGUUGAGCAAGGUUUGGUGGCUAAACCCACUCACACCUUGUGGCAAAGAUUGUUCUUUAUUGGCUCGAAGCAAGUAAAAACUUUGAAGAAAUCAAUUCCAGUGUACAACUAUCCCAAAAAAACCAGGUUCAAUUCUGAAAUUGAGAACUUAUACAAUUGGAUUGAUAUUGAUGGUGUUUACGAUAACUUGAGCAAUUUCACUUCAUUUUACACAAGAUAUUACAAGUCGGAGAGUGGAGCAAAGAGUGCAGCUUGGUUGCAUGAUCAAAUUUCAGAAUUGAUAGCUCCAUAUAAGGAGAUCAAGAUACAGAAAAUUCAUCACAAGGGCUGGGAUCAAUUUUCAAUAGUAGUUUCAAUCCCUGGAGAGGUCAAAGACAAGGUUGUAGUUGGAGCCCAUCAAGACUCAGCCAAUUUGAUUUUGCCCAAUAUAAUGAGAGCACCAGGUGCAGACGACGAUGGGUCAGGUACUGUGACUACAUUGGAGUCUUUGAGAGUAAUUCUCGAAGCCUACGGUAAAGGUAGUUAUAAACCGUACAAUACAUUGGAAUUUCAUUGGUACUCUGCCGAAGAAGGUGGUUUGUUAGGAUCUAUCGACGUAUUCUCGAGAUAUUCUUCCGACAAUGAAGUCGUUGUUGGUAUGCUACAACAAGACAUGACAGGAUAUACUCAAGGCAGUAUAGAUGCUGGAAUCGAGCCUCACUUUGGUUUGAUUGAGGACUACACCAGCGUCGAAUUGAACAAUUUUUUAAAGUUGAUUAUUGGCACUUACAACUCCAUUCCUUACCACUCCAGUGAAUGUGGUUAUGCUUGUUCAGACCAUGCUAGCGCUUUGGAAAAUGGAUAUCCAUCUUCGUUCCUCAUUGAGAGUGAAAUGAAGUAUUCUAAUAAAUAUAUCCAUUCGGUAAUGGAUACCAUCGACAGACUUGAUUUCGAUCAUGUGAAGGAGCACAUCAAGUUAACCAUUGCGUUUGCCUACGAAUUGAGUUUAGCUAAAAAAUUACACUAA